AUGGACCACAAUCUCCUCGUAUCGGAGCUUCAAGCUUUGAUAGUCGAAACCAAACGUCGGAAUCCAGAUGUGAGAGAUGCAAGUGAAGCCGCUCUGGAACUCUUGAAAGGAGGUACAAUACCUAAAGACAAGCUACAUGAAAAUGCAGACGUCCUGUUGGAACCGAUAACAAAAGGAUGCAAGACCAAAGUAGCUAAAGUGAUAGGAAUUAGCAUAGCGGCUUUACAGAGAUUGGUAGCAUUAGGCGGUGUACCGACAAGCAAACUUCCUGAUGUUCUCCAAACAUUGUCAAGCGUAUCCAAUCAAGCUGUAGAUAUCCAACUGAAGAUCUUGCAAACCCUCUUAUCGAUCUUGACGUAUAAUCAAGAUGUACAUGAUGAAGUGUUGGGUAACGCUCUUCUACUAUGCUUCAAGUUGCAAGAAUCUCGCGUAUCGGUAGUAUCUUCGACGGCAGCUGCCACCCUUCGUCAAGCAGUGAUGCUGAUAUUCGAUCGACUAUCUUCGCCUCCUGAUCCUUCUGAUACCCCGUCCAUCCCCUUAAUUCUACCUACAGAUCCAGUAACAGAAUCAUCCGUUUCACCAUCCGCCAAUGACGCUUAUAACAUUUUCUCCGAUCUUUGUCUCUUGACUGCUUCGGCAGGAGGGAGCGGUGGAUUACAUCUGUGGGGAAACAGCGAGAAAGAGGUGAAACCGAGUUUGUUGAAACUGCAUAAUCUGAAUAAGACGUUUGGGCUGGAGUUGAUAGAAAGUAUCCUGAGUGGAUAUGAGGAAUCUGUCAAGAAGCAACCAGAACUCCUAUUCUUACUUCAAUACUCUCUCGAUCCCUUAUUGCUCAAAUUACUAUCCGAAAAACCAUCUUUCCCUAUAGCGCUGCGAGUAUGCAGGUUGAUCUUCCUGCUCAUCAAAUCGUUCACCGAUCAAUUGCCCGAACAGGUGGAAGUCUACUUGACGACGUUGAUCAAGAUGGGUAUGGGCGAGCAUGAACCUCAUGAGAGAGACGUACAUCAUGGGUGGUUGAGGGUAUUGGCUUUGGAGGUUAUAAGAGGAAUAUGUGGUGAUACUGUACUCCUGCAAAAUGUCUACUCACACUACGACUCCAUCGAGAACUCUACUUCUUCCAAACUGUACAACAAGAUAGUCACUUCGUUAUCCCGCCUAAUCAAUGAGAAACCAGUGUUGCUAGGUAUAGGAUCUCAGAUGCAUGGCCUUGGCGUACUACACACGGACCCUACCAGUCCCGGCACCAAUCCCCAUGCGAGCUAUCUGGAUCUAGGUAUUGGUAUGGUCAGUUCUGCUGCGACCGCUGGAGUGAAUACGAUGAAUGCGAUGAUGGGUGGUCAGGGUGGGGGGUUGAGCGCUGCGUCUGGAGUCAAAUUGAGAUUAAUCGAACAGCAUGACAAAGCGGAAGCACCCCUUGUUCCAGACACUUACAUCUACUUGCUCGCCCUGCAAUCCCUUGACGCCAUUGCCAAUGGCAUCUACAUUUCUGUAGCCAGCUCCGCUACACCCAUCGAACCUAUCAAGGCUAUGGCUUCUUCCGCUUGGCCUGCCUUACUCGCAGCUCUAUCGUACACUAUGGGCACCAACCUCUCCGAUCAGCUAUUUGCCGACGUCUUAACAUCUCUACAAGACUUCACGGUUGCUUGUGGGUUGCUGGACCUAAAGACGCCCCGAGACGCAUUUCUGAGUAUUCUUGGAAAAUACGCAGUACCUCCUCCAGUCGUCUCAGCAAUGCAAUCUUACAUGGAAAAUCCAAAUCCCGCUCGAAAUUCCAGUGUGAUAUCCGCCGACGCUCUUGGCUUUUCAGCUCUGGGUGUAGGUGGUCCUUCAGGUCCUCCUAGCUUGUCGGAACGGAAUCUAGCCUGUCUACGAAGCACAGUCAAUACAGCUCGAGUACUUGGACCCUCAUUGGGCAAAGCGUGGCAUGACGUCCUGGAGAUAUUGCAGAAUGCGAAUUUCCUCCUUGCUGCUCGGAAGCCUUCCAUGGGCAGGAGACCGACAGUACCUGGUGGCUCACCUAGUAAUCCCAUGUCACCCGGUACACCUCGGCCAUCUGGAAAAAUGAGCGAGAAUAAACCGGAUAUCUUACAAGAUCUCGAUCCGGAAUCCAUACAACUUUUGAUCAAUGCUUUAUUCGACUCAUCAAGGGAUCUACCGGAUGAAGCUUUUACGACUUUCGUGACUGCUCUUUGUCAGCUCAGCUCCGAGAUGAUCGGUAUGAAUGCCUCAAACCCCAUGUCGUCAGAUUUAGGCGACUAUUCAGCUCCUUCAACGCCUAAUAUGGCACUAUCGCCUUCUCAAGAUCCACAGCGGAGAAGGACAAGUGGGAUAAACAUAUCGCACAGUAUCAAGUCGGGCGAACGGUCAUUCAGUCUGAAUAAGCUCAGAGUGGUGUCAACGCUGAAUUUGAAUCGAAUAAUAACGCAAGAACCAGAGGUAGGGUGGACAGUGGUCACUCAGCAUCUGCUGGCUGUUGCAAGGCAUCUCACUGCACCCGCCACAAUACGUACUCAAGCUUCCGAUACCCUCGGUGAAUUGCUUUUGGCGGCUGUCAGGAUAGGUAAAGAAGAUCGAAUCCAACAUCAGAUUUUUGACGUUCUGGUGAAACAGGUAGACGUCCACCCUGUCAGUAACACCAUCUCGACCGAUUACGAAGUGCGUUCAGCAGGAUAUCAAACCUUGAAUCAGAUACUGGAAUCAUCCGGUCAUUCAUUGUCUGUAGGCUGGUCAACAAUUUUCGGAAUGCUGGAUUCGAUAUGUCAAGAUAAGGAUCAAGAGAUACUCUCCUUCCCGUUCAAUAACCCACAACCACCCGAAACUCCUAUUUCACCUGUAUCCGAAUUCCGUCGACCGUCGAUGAUGCAUUCCAAAGGAAACGCCAAUUUGGUCAGAAUAGCUUUCCCGUCACUGCAAUUGAUCUGUACGGACUUCUUAUCGUCCCUAGAUAAGGAAGCAAUGAAAGGUUGUAUAACCUGUCUGGGGCAUUUCGGUCAACAAAUUGACGAUGUCAAUAUCACUCUCGCCGCUGUAGGAUUGCUAUGGACUGUAUCUGAUGCGGUUCAAACUCAACUUCAAGAUGACUCGAAGGAAUUGUGGUUAUACCUCUUAACGGAACUACUAGAACUGAGUAAAGAUCCGAGAUUGGAAGUGACGAACAGUGCGAUGCAAACUCUAUUUAGAUGUGUGGAAUUAUACGGGUCAAAUCUGUCUUCAACAUUAUGGCAAAGUGUAUUCGAACAAGUGAUCCACCCAUUGAUGGAUUCGACCGAAGGUGACGAAUCUUCAAUAUUGGCUUUGACUUCGAUUGGAAACAUAUUCGGAAACUUCCUAAAGCAGAUCAAUCAGCUAUCAACCUUCCAAGAGAUAUAUCAGAAAUUCUUAGAUAGGGUAAAGAAAGCUUGGGAAAUUGAACCUAGAAAUUGUGCCACAGCGGGAUUGAAAGCCCUCGAAAGAGUACUGGUAUCACUCAAAUUGAGCGAUGGUCAAGCUUUUGGUGGGAAUAGGGAUCUGAUCGUGGAACACACCUGGAAGACGUUCUUGGACAUUGGAACGAGUUUUACGGAGAGUGAUAAUUCGUAUACACAAGAAAACCUGAUAAAUUUGGUGAAAGUUGGAUCACUAUUACAUGAUCAAUUGCCAUCAUCUUCAUCAAGCUCGCCAAAAUUGAAUGAACUAUCGAAUAUCUUGAGAUCGAUAAUGACAUAUACGAAAUCAACGGAUUAUCGACCCGAUAUCGAUACGUUGUCACCCUUACAGUCAUCGGUCUCGACUUUGAUCUCCGAUUCACAGCGAUUCUCGACAAGUCAGCAAUUGAACGAUUUAGCUGAAUUUGCAUCUUUGGCGUACUUCAGUGCGGGUGAACCGUCAAGUGCGACUGGGACAGGGACGAGCACGGGGGUAAAAGUGACUUAUGUGGGAUUGACGAAAUGGUCUAUGCCUAAGAUGGUCGACAUACUAGGUGAAAAUCGGAGUAGCCCAAAGGGAAAAGGAAAGGAGAUUUAUGAGGAUGGGACGAUGGAGAACGUCCUAGGUGCAUAUUCGAUACCAAUCAAAUUGAAAUACGAUUGUCCGCCCGCCAAUAAGUUUGGUGAAGAUCCACCUUUAUGGAAGACUGCCAUGACAACAUUCGUAGCUGUCCUGGAUAUAGUGAUGGCUACCCUUGACGUAGAGGAAAUAUCGGUCGAGCGGUUCGAGGCUAUUUGGUCUCAGAUAAUGGAGAUUUUCAGUGGGGUGUUACUGGCGGAUAGUUCUGAAGAUGUUACAUCAGACGACGAAACAUUCGUGAUAGCUCAUCUCGUACAUUUACGAUCUGUCAUUUUACCCCGAUUGGGUGAUCCACGAAUACCAGAUCGAAUCAUCGUUCAGCUCUCGGAAGCUCUGCGCAAGGCAUCUGUAUUGUAUCAUUAUGACGUUCGUGUCAAUGGAGGGACCACUGCGCCUGGUAUACCCGAAACACAAGAGGAGCUGAGGUAUUGGUCAUUGGACUUACUUGUGUCACUAUCGACGAAAAGGGAAGUUGACGCUGAACAGCAGACGAGAGUCGCGGUAUUGGCUGUUCCUGCUUUGAUGAAAAGAUUCAGAGAGAGCUUGACUAGAUGGCUGGACGAUAGAAAGCUGAGAGGAAAUCUUCCUUUCGGUCGUAUACGUGAAGAAGAGAUUUUGUUCGUACUCCGACAUCUCGCUACUAUGCGAGUUUAUGAGGGCAGUCUCAAGUCAGAUAAUCAAGCCUCAGAAACGCUCUCAGCAAUAUACAAGACAUCCUCCCGAUCCCACUUGUUCCACUUAUAUCCCUUAUUAUUACAGUUCAGCUUCUUAUCCCACACUCCAUCGAUGUGGAUCUUCCCCUCUGAGCAUUCUCAGCUAUUCGGCUUAUCGCCUCGCGAGUCUCAAGAGGAACCGGAGUCAUCGCCCGUAAGAGGAGAAGAAAGACAUGAAGAUGAGGAACAACAGAUGAAUGCGGGUGAUGGAGGAGAUCUUAUAGAGGUUAGUGCGGGUCAGUUGGCGAGGAGAUGUUUGGAGUUGAUAGGUAAAGAGUCGGGCAUGGCCGUAUAA